CCUCAGCGCGCAUGCCCAAACCGCCGGGGAGAUAAACAAUACCCGGGACACAGGCCGAGAAGAGGAAGCGGCCGGGAUCCGGCGGAGAAUGUCAGCCGACAGCCUGUUCUCGCUGCGGGUCAGUGUUCACUCGGACCAGGGCGGGAGGAAAUACAUGGAGGAUGUGACCCAGGUGGUGAUUGAGUCGGAGGCCGAGCCUGGCGAGGUGGAGAGCGAGGAGGAGGAAGCGGCAGCGGGAAGCGGCGGGGAGCAGCGGCCCCGAUCCCGGCCCCGGCCCGGGGUGGCAUUCUUCGCCGUCUUUGACGGGCACGGCGGCCGGGAAGCGGCGGUGUUCGCCCGCGACAAUCUGUGGAAAUGUAUCAAGAAGCAGCGGGGUUUCUUGUCGGAGGAUCCCGAGGAAUUCCGGGGGGCGAUCCGCAAAGGCUUCAUCGCUUGUCACUAUGCCAUGUGGAAAAAACUCCCGGAGUGGCCGAAGACAAUGACCGGACUGCCAAGCACAUCCGGUACCACGGCCAGCGUCGUCAUUAUCUGUCGCAACAAGAUGUACGUGGCCCAUGUGGGAGACUCUGGGGUGGUGCUGGGCGCACACGAUGGCUCCAGUGAAGGACGGAGUGAGAAGGACAGCGUGGUCCAGGCCUUGGAGGUGACGCAGGAUCAUAAGCCCGAGCUCCCCAAGGAGAAGGAGCGGAUCGAGGGGCUCGGAGGGAGUGUUAUCAACAAGUCCGGAGUGAACCGUGUGGUGUGGAAGAGACCGCGACUGACCCACAACGGCCCCGUGAGGCGCAGUACUGUGAUCGACCAAAUCCCUUUCCUAGCUGUGGCCAGAGCACUGGGUGAUCUGUGGAGUUACGAUUUUUACAGUGGUGAAUUUGUGGUCUCACCAGAACCGGACACGAGUGUUCACACUAUCAACUGCCGUGACCACAAGUACAUUAUCCUUGGCAGUGACGGCCUGUGGAACAUGAUCCCAGCCCAGGAUGCAGUGACCAUCUGCCACGACAAUGAGGACAGGAAACGACUACUGGAGGAGCCAGGACCGACAGGCGCCAGACUCCUGGUCACCCGUGCCCUGGGCCGGUGGCGGCAACGGAUGCUGCGUGCCGACAAUACCAGCGCUGUGGUGAUCUGCAUCGACCCACCCUCACAAGCCUGUGAGCGGCUCUGUGCUGAGGAGCUGUGGCUGAAACUGACCAACGGCUCGAUCCACCAGAUGGAGGAGUCCUGUCUCACCCCGCCAUCUCCCUGCGCCAUGCCAUCGCUCAAGGCUUCUGAUGACUUAUCUCCACACUGGUUCUGUUCCGGUUUUGUUCCUGUGCUGACGAGGAGAGAUGCACGGUGCGGGAGGAGCUCGUCACCUCCCACCGUUGUCACUGCAUUGAUGAAGCCAGGGGGCACGGCUGCCGAGAACCGGGUGGGGGAGGGGCGGAGGGCAGCCUGGGCCAACACAAGCUUCAAGAGGACAUUGGAGGAGCUGAAUGGGGCAACGCUGGUCUCGGCCUCCAAGAGACUAAAGCCCCGCCAUGGGCGCAACAGCGGGGGAGGGGCGACGGGGUCAUCAAAGUCAAUGGCAGGGAGCCCAGCGCUUGCCUCCAGGCGCAGGAACCCUGAGAAACCAGCGAUGCGCAGGAGCUUGAGGGGCCAGCGGAGACUGAGGAACCCACUGUUGCAGCAGCAUAGAAAGACUAUCUGUGUGUGCUGAUGUGGAGCGCAUCAGGGCCCCUGUUCCUUGUGGGUGGAGAGGGGUGUGAGGUGGAGGUCUUAAGGGCCCUUGAUGCCUAUUAACUAAUUAUUUUAAAAUCUGUAAAGACAAACAAAAAAAGACCCCAUCAACCCUUGAUUCUGUUGCUGUCUGUACAUUUUUAUUUUGUAAAAUAGCAAUAUUUCUGCAGCGUUUUAGCAGUUUUACUUGAUAUUUUAUUCCCCUGCACCGUACACAGACCUGCAGGAACGCGGUGUGCUCUUAUAACUCGCACCAUCCCUUACCUCCUCCUCUUGCUCUCUGUCUGAGAUCUCUUGGGAAGAUUUAAGAAACAAUAAUGUUUUGGAUAAUCGAGUGACGAGGUUAUUUCUCCCCAUCCCCUCACAUCUUGUGCUUGACUAGGUGUAAUGUCCCCUGCCUCCCCAUCCCAUUAUCCUGUGGCUGACGUAUGGGAUUCCGGCACAAACUGGAGAUGGUUUUUGUUUUAUGACCACACCGGCCGAUCCCAGGGAAAGGUUCGAUCACCGGCUUCAAAUUUCUGAAUGGUUUGGCGUGGCAGGUCGGAAUCUGCCAAUCACCAAAGCCAGCUGGACCUGGCGCCUGUGUACAAUGUGUGCAAAAUUGCUCUGGUUUCCAUGACGCUGGCACCUUUGUGCGAUGCGGUUAAUCGGUGGUUCUGGACUGGUGGUUUAGGGUAACUGUUCAGCUAAUGGGGGGGUGGAUUCCCCUUCAUUUGUGUCAUUACUGUGGAUUGCCACACUCCAAUGUUUCACUGCGAUAUUCCAGGCCCUGCUCGUCUGAUCCUGCCAAUUGGAGGUGUGGUGACAUGGCGUGGUGUAACUUGCACAUUUCGAGAUUGGGAUUGAGAAGAAAGGCAAGCAGAUUGACUCAAUUGCCGGUGUUUGAAUUCAUGUCCCUGUCCUUGCUGGCUCCUCUGUGGUUUGGUUCCACUAAUUGCUCUAUUACUUCCCCAAUGUGUGUCAUGUUACUUGGGCUUCAGCAGAGAGAUCUGGUCUCAUGGCAUUCGAUUCAGAUGUUGAGCUUAAAUCGAAAGAGCAGGGGAGAGGAUGGCUGGGGUGUGAUUAACAGUGAGACCAGGAGCCCCCAGUGAGGUGGAUUUCUUGGUGCCUAUGAGAACUGCAUCCAGCAGGUCAGCCAGUGAGCUAUGGAGUAGGAGUCCAGCUCUCGUCUUCCCAGCUCUGCCAUUGUGAGGCGCAAACGCUUCCUUUUAAUUUUUUAAAAAGCCUACAAGAAUCUGUUUUAAUCAGUCUUGUUGCCUUGUCUUGAGCCAAUUCAUAUUUUGACUGGGAAUUUCUCCAGGAGACAAAUGCACAUGCUGCAAAAAAUAAUAGUUUUAAAUUAAUUCCCCAAGACACUUGGAAACAUUUUCACUGUGUGCUAAAGGCAGAGUUUAAAUGCCAUGUAUUCCUUUUAGUGCACAGUGCUCUUUUUUUAACUAGUUUAAUGCAAGAGGGUGCUUACUGUUUUUCAACAAUCAGAGUGCUCAUCCUUUGUGACUUCUCUGCCAGAACAAUUUACAUUUAUGUUUUCAGGCGCACAAGUGGGUGUUUUGUUCUUAUCGUCCUUUGGACUUUGCCCAGGAAGCUGGGCGUGGUCCCUCUUGGCUUUGAGGUUACAGAUGUGGCAAAAAGGCUGUACCAUGAACUGCAUGACACGUUAUGAGAGGGCAUCAUGCUCUAGCUAAACUAUAUGCAGUCUGGCAUCCAGACUCUUGGUUCCGAACUGAUCGCCAUGCAGUCUUGAGUAUAUUUAAAAACCAACAUGGCUAGGAAGGGAAAAGCACUUAAACACAUGUUGAUUGGUUUGAGCUGGAGCAAAGGAGGGGGCCUUGGGGAUAUGAGGUUAAUUCCUGUCUGUGAACACCUUUUGGCUGCGCUGCAUUAGAAAUCUCCCCUCUCUGGAGGGGAAGGGGAUCAGAGCAGUGAUCCAUCUAGAUUCGGCUGUGAUCCAAUGAAUGGCACAACAAGGCCGAAGGGGUAGAAUGGCCUCCUAUUCCUAAUCCAGAGCUUUUUAAUUUUAUUUUUACAAUGCUGGGGAAACAGGGUGAGAGGGGAAAUUAAUCUUAUGUGGUGCUUCACAAACCUUGUCGCGCAACCUGUUCUCCAUUGUUGUUGAGAGGGCGUGUUACCUUUAAUCCCUUGCAUUGAUGGUGCUGCUAUAUUUACUUAUGGGAGUUUUACUAAUUUUGUAUUAAUAUAUAUAUAUGUGUGUAUAUAUAUAUAUAUAUAUAUAUUUGAAAGCUCUGUUUCCGAGUAUUAGCCUAACAUUACUCUACUGUUUUGCUAAAUAAAAUAACUGCUCUCUUAUUGGAA